UUUUCUCCGGAUUGCUUUACGAGUUCUCACGGUCAUGCCUGAGCCAGCCAAGUCCGCUCCCGCCCCGAAGAAGGGCUCCAAGAAAGCGGUGACCAAGGCGCAGAAGAAGGACGGCAAGAAGCGCAAGCGCAGCCGCAAGGAGAGCUACUCGGUGUACGUGUACAAGGUGCUGAAGCAGGUGCACCCCGACACCGGCAUCUCGUCCAAGGCCAUGGGCAUCAUGAACUCGUUCGUGAACGACAUCUUCGAGCGCAUCGCGGGCGAGGCGUCGCGCCUGGCGCAUUACAACAAGCGCUCGACCAUCACGUCCCGGGAGAUCCAGACGGCCGUGCGCCUGCUGCUGCCCGGGGAGCUGGCCAAGCACGCCGUGUCCGAGGGCACCAAGGCCGUCACCAAGUACACCAGCUCCAAGUGAGUGCUGGGAGACACGAUCCAACCCAAAGGCUCUUUUCAGAGCCACCUACAUUUUCCGAGAAAGCAGCUGGCUUAUUUUGUCUCGUUUCCUUUAGAAGUGUUUGGGGCUGGGUUCGGACUGGGAAAGAGCGGGGAAGAGCGGUAGGAGGCUAAGCCCCCCGCAAGAGCGGUUGGGUAAGCAUUUAAGCUCAUUGUCCUUCAACUUUAGUGUGGUUUCUUAGGCGCCCUUUGGAAGGUGGCCUUGUCCUCUGCUCCGGUAGCCGAAAUUUCGCCUUUAUUUAUCAGUGGAGCCCCCGUCAUUAAUCCUUGGUUGCCUGCAGAGCCCGCCGAUAAGCUACGCUACUUCCUGGGGAGGAACUCCUUAAUUUUACCACGUUCCUGAACUCGUGGGCAUCAUUUUCAUCUCCUUUUUUUUCUUUGCUCUUUCCGAGACUGGUUUUUUGUCUCCAUCCUCGGAGGCCUUAGGGUGGCGCGUUAGGCCUCCUUGUCCUCUUCUGCCAUCUUGUGGCAAAAAAGCGGAGGCACGGAUCUAAGGCUUCCCGAGGACAACCAAUUUGGAGGGUAGGUGCAGUUACUGUUUGUCUCUUUACCCGCUGGAUAUGAGUUUCCCUGACAGUCACUCGUGCACAUGAUAGAAAGUCGUGGAGAGUAUUGCCGUCUGGUUAAAGCUGUCAAAAGAAAAAAAAAAAAAAAAAAGCAAAAUACUCUGCACCCUAAAAUAAGUUUUAAAGAAAUAAGAGUUGUAGGGUCCUGCGCUCUCUAAUUGCUGGUCCUCAAAGUAACAAGCGCUUUGUUUCCUGUGAACCUAAACACCGGACAGAACCCUCAAACCCCUGAUUUUGCUGGCUGCUCUUCGAAGGCAUGUCAGGAUUUAGGAAUAUGAUUACACGUAAGUAAGUUGCACUUUUUCCACCAUGAAGGGGCCAGUAUAGACUUGGUAACCCCAAUUUUGCAGGUCCCUCUGCGCUUUUAAAUAUGUGUUUCCCCCAAAGUCUGACUCUUCCCCUCUUUGCAGGUAGACCUUUUCUUUCUAGAUAUUUCUGUCUCGUGCUCCUGCAUCGAUACUUCUACUGCCUAAUUAAGUCCCACCAUUCUACUAAAAUGCUUGCAAUAGUCUUCUGGUGUUGCCACAACAAAAUACCAUUUAUCGUGUUGUUUAAGCAACAUAUAUUAUUUUCUCACGCUGCUGGAGGCUACGAGUCCAAGAUCAAGGUGUGGGCAGGGUUAGCUUCCCUCUGCUUACACCUGUGUCCUCGUGUGGGCUUUUUUCUGUGUUUGCACACCUCUGGUGUCUCUCCUUCUUCCUGUAAGAACCUCAGUCCUAUUGGAUCAGGACCUUCCUUAUGACUUCAUCUAACCUUAAUUACGUCUUAAAGGCUGUGUGUCCAAAUACAGUCACGCUGGGGUUUGAGAGAACACAAUUUAAUCCAUAACAGCACAUUAAGCCAUUUUCCAUGCUUUGCUGUCAACCUUCCAGUCCAAAUUGUCUUUCACAAAACAUCUACACUUAGCUUACAGGGCUGCUAACAAGACAGCUGUGCUGUUCCCUACGCUGGGGGUUUCAAAUUAGAUGCUCACAAAGGCCCAGCCCGUAAGAGCCAAACUGGCUGGAUAUUAGAAACCACGCCUCAUCUGCACAAAAAAACAGUCUUCGCUCUUUUUCUUCUUUUUUAAAUGUUUAUUUAUUUUUGAAACAGAGAGAGAGACAGAGCAUGAACAGGGGAGGAGCAGAGAGAGAGAGGGAGACACAGAAUCCAAAGCAGGCUCCAGGCUCUGAGCUGUCGGCACAGAGCCCGACGCGGGGCUCGAACUCACGGACCAUGAGAUAGUGACCUGAGCCGAAGUUGGAUGCUUAACCGACUGAGCCGCCCAGGGGCCCCUCUUUGCUCUUUUUCUUGAAGCACAUGGACUUUCCAUACCAAAUGUCAUUUUCCCGGUUUUAAUGGCACAUUUCGCUGUUCUCUUGUGGAUGCUAUAAUGCCAGCUAGCAUCUGCCCAUGAAGGGGACCAGCGGGAACUUCAGAGACCUGAAGAACGUGAGGCCUAUGAGGUAGAUUUCACCUACUUGUUGCCCUGCAGGGGCUGCGAGCCCUGGACAGCGAGUCUCUCCAAAUUUCAGGAGGAUAUGAGAUGCAUUUGAAUAUGGAAUAUUCUAAAAUUUCAAUACGGGCAACCAAUAAAAAAUGCGUAACAUGGUGCGCAUGAAACAAAA